ACUUUUUGUAUGAACAUCAACUUACAGUGUCAUCUGCUUCAUCCAAUAGAGGUGCGUCUAAGGUUUGCAAAAUGGUAUGGGAUGUGCUGAUUGGGCAUUGUUUGUCGCGCUGGGGACAUAAAUGUGCAAAUGAUUCUCUGCCGGUGCAGUAUCUGUGGGAGUUUCUCAAGUACGCAUUUCGCAGAUAGUCUCCGUGAGUUUCCACAGUUAUUUUCGGACAACAACUUUUUUGAUUGAAGAAAAAUGGCUCGGAAGACGUUCACUGCUGCGCAAGUACAGAAGAUGAUUUUGGAGAGUGAUUCGGGAGAAGAAAGUGAGGCAUCCAUCGCUGACUCCGUUGAUUCGAUGGAGGAGGACGCUUUUUUGCGCGGAGAGGAUGCAACCCUCGACAUCCCCCAAAGGCCAGAAUCUCCACCGGUUUCUCCACCUCCAAUUGCACGUCAGAGGCAGUCUACUCGUGCAAAGAGAAGAAAGGUUAGCCACCCCAGCUCUUCUGGCCCAGAAGCCAAGGGUGGAUGGCACAAAGUGGACACUUCUGAUCAGGAGCCUCAGCCAUUCAUGUUCUGCCCGAGGAGGGAUCCUGGAGUUCAGCUGGACCUACAGCAAGAAUACAGCCCUCUUGAUGUUUUCCAGCUGUUCUUCACGAAGGCUGUGCUGGCAACCCUGUGCCUACAUACUAACAAGUAUGCAAGGCAUAAGCACAGCCAGGGAUCCAAGCAAACUUGGAAGAACAUCGACACAGGAGAAUUGCUGACCUAUCUUGGCCUCACGAUUUACAUGGGUUUGGUGAGGUUUGCACACAUCAAGGACAUGUGGAGCACUGAUAAGCUGCAUCGCCACCCUUUCCCAGCUUCUGUUAUGUCUUGCAACAGGUUCAAGGCCAUCUCGUCGUUCCUGCACAUGAGUGAUCCAGAAGCUGACGUCACCAACGACAGGCUGAAAGGUUCUCCUGGCUACGACCCCCUGUUCAGAUUGAGGCCCCUGCGUGAUGACAUCAUCAUGUCCUGCAAAGCAUACUACCACCCACAUCAGAACAUCACCAUUGAUGAGCGCAUGGUUGCUUCCAAAGGUAGGCACAGGAUGAAGCAGUACAUGAAGGACAAGCCAACAAAAUGGGGCUUCAAGCUGUUUGCCCUGGCAGACAGUCAGACAGGGUACACAUUCGACUUUAGCGUGUACCAGGGCAAACAGCUUGCACCUAGUGGGAAAGGGCUGAGUUUUGAUUCUGUGGUCAACCUCCUUCCUGUGUCUUUUCUUGGAACUGGAUAUAGGCUUUAUGUGGAUAAUUUCUAUACCAGCACUGCUCUCUUCACCCAUCUGUAUUCUCAAAACAUUGCGGCCUGUGGCACAAUCAGGGAAAAUAGGAUUGGCUUCCCUAAAACCAAGGUGAAUGAUCUACCAAAGAAAGCUACACGAGGGGACAUCAGGUGGGUUAGGGAAGGUCCUCUCCUGUAUGUGAAAUGGAAGGACACACGGGAAGUUACCAUGUGUUCUUCCAUCCACAAGGCUUUCAGUGGAAAUCGGGUUUCUCGCAGUGUGAAGGCAGCUGAUGGGUGGAGACAGCAGCGUGUACCAGUGCCUGAUGCAGUGUUGGAUUAUAAUAAAUACAUGGGGGGCGUGGACUUAUCUGGCGCCUUCAUCAAGCACUGCACUGUGGCCAAGAAGACCACGAAGUGGUAUAAGAAGUUCUUCUACCACUUCGUGGAUAUUGCGGUGGUGAACAGCUUCAUCAUCCACGCAGCCAUCGCCAGGGAGAAGAAGCAGAGGCCUCUCACACAGAAACGCUUUCGAGAGAUUCUGUGUGAGCAGUUGUCUGCCUGUGGACACACUGAGUCAGUGGUGCCAGUGCAAGUGCCACAGCCACAGAAGCAGAUGUGUGUCCCAGUGGCUAUUACUGACACUUCUGCUGUGGACUCCAGGGUGAAGGCCACACAGGGCCGGAAGUACUGUGUGCACUGCCACUCCAAGAAGCUAAGUAAUAAAACUAUUUACAAAUGCUUAGCAUGCAAUGUGCCACUCUGCAUAGUUGCGGACCGCAUCUGUUUUGCAGAGUGGCAUCUGCAGAAAAACACAUAGAUGGAGGGGCAGUGCACACGGGGGUACACUGUCUUGGAUGGGUUUGGUACAAGUUGUAAAUAUAGAUUUUUUCCCCAAAUGCGUAGUAAUGUUGUGACCACAAUGUUUCUUAUGGUGCUUUGCAUGUAAAUAAAAUGCAGUUUUUUUUUUCCAGCAUAUGUGGUCAUAUUGUGUGAAAUAAUUUCUUAUGGGCUGUUUUGGACAUGUUUGCCACAAUUUGUAUGAAUAAAAUAUAGAU